GGCUUGUUCGCCAAUAACUUUCACUUUCACAUAAAUGAAAGUUAUAUUUUUGAGACUCGAGGCGCUGUGGAAAGCGGGCGGGACCAGAAACAUGAUGCUAGUUUUACUCCCUCCAUCUUCGCCAUUACAAGAAUAUUGGUACUGACGAACUACAGAGAGCGCAGACAUCUGUUAAUGAAGGUGCGAUUAUCAUGAUAAAGUAAUGACUGAUGUUCUAAAUGUGACACGGAGUUACAACCCGGUUACUUCUUCCUACAGUUUCUGCUCCAAAUGGACCGGAGGAAGUAAGCAAGUCGGAUUUUAUGAAGGAAACGGGCGUCGUCCUUAAAACAACUGGCGCAGAAUCUAUAGCCUGCUGUGCCUUGAGAUGAAUCUUGGAGCAUAUUGACUGUGCAGAAGAUAUCAUGGAAGACCUUCACAGUACUCCAAUUGAAAAAUGGACAGAGUCCAUGGUAAGCACGUGGUUAACCUCAAUAGGAGUUAAAGAAACAUACAUUAAAAAACUUGAUGAAGAAGAAGUAGAUGGCCGGAUACUCCUUGAAAUCACAGAGGAAUUUCUGAGGAAAGAAACUGGAAUGAAAUCUGGCCCAGCACUUUUGAUAAUUAACAAAAGAAAUGAGUUAGUCAAUACUUUACAAAAGGUUCAGAAGCAGAAGGAUGAAAACAAUGCUAAAAACGUGGAUCAAGGAGCAGCAUCCAUCAAGACUCAUACAAUGUCCAGCAGUCCACAGCCAGGAGAGGAAAAAGAAGUUUCUUUGAUUGUACCAACAACUAAAAGGGAUUCAAAGCCACGACCUUUUGGUAGAACGGGCACUGACUACACAUAUGUGAAGCACAAUGUUCUUCAUCCUGAAACAGGUGUUAUUGAUCUUAUAACACCAUGUCAUGAGUACAAGGCAUUUACUAUUGCUGCUACUUUAGACCGCCAAAGACUUCAAGCAAAGCUGGCAAGGGAAGUUUUAAAAUUUGCCAUGGGGUGCCUAAACAUUAGAUCAAAUGGUACAAUACACUUUGGUAUAAUGGACAGUCGGGAAAAUUCUGGCUAUGUGCAUGGUGAAAUCAUUGGCAUUCCCAUUGAGGAAAAGGACAUGUAUGUUGAUGCGCUGGAUCACAUUGAACGGAGUUUUUCCACCUUUGACAGCGAGCUUGUAAGGCAGUGUAUUCGACCACCUGAGUUCAUUCUGGUAGCAGACCCAAAUAGCAAAGGUGAACACUAUGUAGUUGAAUUCGACAUCGUACCUUCUGUGAGCAUCGUGAGAAAUAGGGUUUUUUCUGUCCGCUUGCCCAACUUCAAAGAGAAGUCCAAUAAAGUUGAAUAUGAAAAAGCAACAAUUUAUCGCAGAGUUGGCUCCAAAACAGAACCAGUUGUUGAAUCAAAUGAAUUUUAUCAAGCAGUCCAUAUAAGGGAUGAUCAAAGAGAAAAGGCAGAGCAAGCACACUGUUUCACAAGCCCAGACCUUUGCCAAGAUCUUGGAAGAAAACUUAUCAUGCUUGUAACAAGUGGGAAGAAACUAAUAGAAAAGGAGAAAUGGUACAUACUUGUCACAAACAAGAUUCCAAAGGAAGAUCUAAACCACAUUGAUUUCUUACUAAACAUGAAGCUAUUCUGUGUGUUUGACUUUGACCCAGAUUCUAUGGUCUCUGGAUUAUGUCAUGAAUAUGUUAAGCAUCACGCUGUGAACCUUCAUUUUAUGCAAAACUACAAAAUUCCAAGUGGCAUGAGCAUCAGAGAAUUUGAGAACCACCUCCAUUUGUUUGAACAAAUCAGCUGGAUAUUUUGUAAUGGACGAAAUGAUUUCAAAGGAAAUGAGGUGCCUUGUGAUGAAAAUACUUGGUCUAAAACAAGGAGGACAUACCUCAAGGACUGUGUUUCACUGAUCUGCAAGGAUAUCUUGCCCAAAGGCACCUUUGUUGUGAUCUUCCUUCUUACCUCGUCUGUUGCAACACCUCUUCUGAACACAUUCUAUGAGUUUUUCACUGACAUGGAAGGUCAUGAAGACAUCAUAUGCAUCUCAGAUUCGGAAGAGAACUUUCAAAAAUGGCAGGCGUUUGCUCUUGGAUCCUGUGACAUCGAAACUGUUAACGUUUCAAGUGUAGUAGGGAUGAAAAUGAGCCACGUCAAUGCAACACUCCAGAGAGUCCAGACCAACACCACUCGUAUAACCAAGAACUUACCUGUUUAUGUUAAAGGGGAAUGCUGUCUUGAGACAUGUGAAGAGGAAAGGAUGUGUUCCUUGGAGAUUUUAGGUGUCAACCAGUGUGAUGACACCAGCCCUGAGUUCAUUGAAUCAGAGAAAAAUGAAAUUGAGAGACAGUUUUACCUUGGAGGAAAAGUGACAUGGAUGAACUUUUGGCUUGCAGAGAAGAAGUAUGUUGGGGAGAUGAUUGAAAGAGAUGCCUAUCAUGAAGUUACCAAACUUCUAGGGGACAUUCUUAAAUGGAGUUUAGAUCAGAUGCCCAUUGAUAACAUCAAUAUAUACCAUCAUCCGGGCAGUGGUGGAAGUACAGUAGCAAGGCAGGUUCUUUGGAACCAAAGAAAGGAUCUAAGGUGUGCAGUGGUGAAAUCAUCUUAUGCUCCUGGCAAAGUUGCAGAACAUGCUGUUAAUCUUCGGGAGUAUGAGGAAAAGGAUCCACAGAAGUGCUUACCUGUGCUCUUACUUAUUGAGGAUUGUGACAAAGAGUAUUUGGAAGACUUGAAAAACGAGUUAGAAGUAGCUGUCUACACCAAGAAAAUUGCACAGAGAAUACCGUGCUUCAUUCUCCUCAGCUGUAGACGAUCCUAUAUUCCAGAGAAACUGUGUAAGGGGUCACCCUUACUAAAUGUCUCAGUAACUCACAAACUUUCAGCAGAAGAGAAAAGACAAUUUGCAGGUAAACGACGAAUGCUUGAGAAACAGUUCCAGCCAGAGUUCAUCCUGACAUUCAUUUUGAUGAGUGAGGAAUUUGAACAUCAGGUCAUUGCCGAAUACGUAAAGCAGUUUGUAGGGCAUUUACUACAAGACAUUGAUCAUGCGUCUGUUGUCACCCAACUCACUCGCUAUGUAGCUCUGCUCAACACCUAUGUUCAGAACUCGUUCAUUUCUCAGUCACAUUGUGAAGCGCUGCUUGCUUUAUCUAUCCACGUGGACAGAUUUCGACAACAAGCAUUUGAGGGAUCUCUGAGUGAGCAGGCUAAACUGGUCUUUAUACAUUUGAGAGAUGAAAGGACCUACAUUAAAUCUAUCAGAAUCAUUCAUCCACUGGUUGCAAAGGAAAUUCUCCAUCAGCUUCUGGGUGACAGACAACAACAAAGUGAUCUUGCACUUGAUCUUCUCAAAAAUGAUGUCCUCUUUGAACACAGGUUUGGGAGAGAAGAUUACAUGAAGUUCCUUCGUGAUUUGUUCAUGAGACGCUACAGGAUUAGCAAAGGUGAUGAAUCAGACAGCUUUUUCUCUCCCCUCAUUGAACAUGUAAGAGAAAAUGAAGAGCCAGAAAAAGCAAUUGAGCUUCUCAAUGAAGCAUACAAAAGAUUCAACAAAGAUGCAUUAUUUGCUCAGCAGCUAGCUCGUCUCACUUACAGACAUGAAAGAUUUGAAGAGGCAGAACGUUGGGCAGACAUUGCAGCAAGUAAAAUGCCUAACAACUCCUACAUUCUUGACACCAAAGGCCAGGUGUACAGAAGAUGGUUCACAACGAAAUGCAAAGCCCUGGAUAAAACUCGCAAAACAGCAGAGAACACAGCAGAUGCCAUUGUAACAGCACUUAAAGCAAUUGAAUGCUUCCAAGAGUGUGAGAAGGCAGCAGUUGCAGACAUUGAAUCAAUGAACAAUUCAGGAUUCUUUGCAGUUGUGGAGGUGGGAUGCAGCUUGUUAAAGCUGAUUUCUUCACUUCCUUUGUUUUCAAACAGGAGUGAUGGUCAUUCUGAAUGCCUGAAAUACCUUAUCACAGAUUACAUACCCAGAGGUAUUGAAAAACCAUGGGAACACUUUCACAGCAAACUGAAAAAUCUUCAGAGCACAAUGCGUGAAGCAUUGGAGUGGAUAUCCGAAGACUUGAGUUAUUUUCAGACAGACCUAAAUACAGAUGAGGCCGAAACCUCUGUAAGCUGUGAGAUGACAGUAACUCACCCAAAGCAUUGGUUGGUAACCAAGUCUUCUGUUUAUGGCAAGUUUUUCAGUGAGGCUUCACUCGGCACAGUGCCAAGUCACUGGCAGUCAAAUCCAGCUAAUAUGACUCCCUUUAUUAAACGCAUGAUUAUUUACAGACUUGGUGGGGGAAACCUCACAACAAUCUUUUCCCUCCUUGACCAUAAAGACAAGGACAAGGUCAAAAUUUUAGAGGACAUCAUUUCACUGUAUCCAAAGAAUCCAAUGGGUGCCAAAAUGCACCAAGUAGAUCUUGUCAACUACAUAGCAUCACAUUUUGCUUUAAGUUCAGUCUCACCCAUGUCACCUAAACUGGCUGCCCUAAGUGAUUUGCAAAAACUCAGCAACCUUUUCCCACAUGAUCAGUCAAGAUGCCUGUCAAGUGCUCUGUUUUUAUGCAUCUUGUUGUUUUGGCCAGAUGAGCAUGACAGUGAUCGUGAAAAAGAAGACAAAUAUGAAAUCGUUUUGUCUGCUCUCAAAUACCUCCAGCAAACAUACUGGACCAAAAUGAAGGAUAUCCCUCAUAGACGCAGGAGGAUUUACACCCACUUCUUCCUGGGAAAUGGACUUGGGUACGAGAAAUUUGUCCACAAGAGUAGGAUUGAAAGUAUCACAAAACUUCCCACAGUUUCAGAAAAGCGUAUGAAAUGGUUCAGGGGUGAAUUAUGGAAAACGCCAGAAAUUGCUGGAGUGCUCAAACGUGUGACCGGCUGGACCGAGGACGGAACUGUUUACCUUGCGGGACCUAAGAAAAAGUUCCCAGUUCAUGCUCUUUAUGUACACUCAGUGCCUUACGGUAAUGAGAAUGUCACCUUUUAUCUGGGCUUCACAUUCAGAGGUCCUGUAGCAUACAAUGUCACAGUAAGAAAGUAGUGAAAUUUUAACCCAACAGGGGGCGACAGUUAAAUGAAGAAACCCAUUCGACUGAAUGCAAGGAUGUUUUCAUAAUGUUUUACAAAACAAUGACCUCCAAGCAAACUAAACUUUUAAUAAUUACCAUGAUAUUUUGGUAAUAUUUUAAUGUCAAUAUCUAGUCAAGAAUAUUCAACUCGAGUUCCUUGAUGCAUGGAAAACAAGGAGCCCAUUAUUGUUCAGUCCCUCCAGGAGUUGUGAUUGUUAUAGUCAAAAAUUCUUAAUUUUCCUGAAGUUUUUUUUUUAUUUAUUGUGAUGCUACUUGCAGAGUUGUUUGUGCUUUUUUGCGGAAAACAUGAUGACAUCGCACGGUGCAUCUUGAACCAAGUUUGUGGUCAUUUUAAGAAAUUGCAAGCUUCUCUGACUAGCGCUGCAUUUGCUUGAUUUUGCAUUCAUUUCUUUAAAUGCAAAAUUGUAAAAUCCUGGAUUGUUCAUUAAAAUGAGACCAAAGUGUUUAGUAAGAUUCUGCAUUCUAAGCACUAUUAGAGAGCCUUUAUUUGGGCCUUGAACAAAGCUCUUAAACAUCACUACAGUUCAGUAGGUUGGAAAAAGCCAUUUGGGAUUGAAGGGUCCAUCAGAUGAAUCAAUGUAUGUGAAUGAUAAUGUUUACUUGUUCUGUCUGUUGAUACCAUGCUGUUUUGUUGUUGUUUUUUUUGCUUGCCUUGCUGACAUUGUUGAUGUCAUUAAUGUUUUACCUCCAGCUUAAGAUAUGAUUGUGAGUGCAAUACUUUUACUUGGAAAAGUGUAGUUUUUAUGAGCAUUCUGGAAAACAGAUCUUUUGGUGAUGGUGAACAUAUGUAUCAAUAAUGUUCAAUACAUAUUUUUCAGUACAUUUCAUGUCUUGAAACAACAUUUAUACUGUAGUUAUUUUAAUGUAUAUCCUAAAUAAAAUCUCCCUAUUUUUUUAUUCAUCACUUUUUGCUAUUAUUUGUAUUUAGAUAUGUAUUUGUUGUACCAUAAUAAAGAAACAUUUCAACUUUG